AUGGACGAGCCGCUCGAGCGGUCUGAGGUCCCCAACAUGCCUUUGGAGAGUGGCGAUGACCAUGGCCCCAAGAAACGCCCAAAGUUAACAUUCAUUAAUCCUGCUGAAUGGGUCGAUUUUGAGCAAAAAUGUGUUGACACUCCAAUCAGUGAUGCUGAUCGAAAUUUAUGCCGGCGAUUAGUUGAUAGACAGGCCAAAUCAGAACAAGAGGAAGCUGCGUCAGAAGUGUCUGAAAUUGGAGAGUCAAAGUUAAAGAAAAAACCAAGACAGCGAAGAUCCCGGAAGUCUCGAUCAAAGAAACGUCCAACUGAUCCCAAACGCCCAUGGCUUGACAGUGAUGGUGAAGAGGCUGACUGCGCCUUGCCUCUGGAUGAUGAUUCAGACGACGAUGCUUUCCUUCAGCGACUUGCUGAAGAAAAGGAACGAGAAGAGGCUGAAGAAAUUAAACGAAAACAAGAGCUUAAACGUCAGAGGCAGUUGAAGCGUGAGGAACGAAGGUCUCGAGCUACCGGAAGACCUGGCAGGCCUCGAGCCCAACUCCCAUUUGCACAUUUGUACUCAAACUCUACUGAUGAUCCUCAGUCUUCUUCGAAGCCUAGCGAGGCAAGUGAUGGAGAACAGUCUCCUCUAAAUGAAUAUGGUGAUGACGACGAAAUCAUUGAUUUUCCCCCGCCACCUUCAAUUGAACCUGAUAACUCUAACGAACAUGGAGCCGCUGCAGGCUCUCUUCUAGACAACGUGGUAACCAAUGAUUCCACUUGGCUUAAUGCUGUUGUGUUGCGUCGCCGGGCUCCUCCUCUCACACUGCCGCCUUCUUCUCAAGAUCUUUUAUGUCCUCCUGAGCAUCUUUUAGAAGCAGUAUCCAUAUAUCGGACACUUAGACAAUACGGUCGCCUUCUGCGCUUAUCCCCCUUUCAAUUGGAGGACUUUUUAUCAGCCCUGGUCGCUAACGAGAACUCUGUCAUCCUUGCUGAGGUCCAUAUGGUUUUGCUAAAUGCGCUCAUUACGGAGGAUGAGGUUAAUGGCACUCACCUCUGUCCACCUGAUUGCAAAGACGCCUUUUCGCUCAUGUCGGGCUUCUUAAUUGACCGCUACACUUGGCCCUACAUUCUCGCCCUAUAUCUCUCCAGCAUAAAACGAGGCGAGGCGGCUGCCAUUACGGCGCUAGCGCGUGUCGGCAGCAUUUCGACCGUGGGCACAGCGGGUCCGGUUGCGGCAGUGACAACCAGUGGUGGUGCGGACGUAGUGGUAACCUCCGCCCUCUUCUUCCCUGACGAUGUAAUCCCACUGGAUCCGUCGUAUCCGUUUGUUGGUCUGCCGCAGCGUUUGGCCAUCCUGCGUGGCCUUGUUGGUCUGUUUCUCGCCACGGGCCCGGUUCGGGGUGAUAUACUUCGCGAGGGCUUCACGGCGCACGAUGACUUCUGCCGUGUUUGCCGACAGAGCGGUGAGGUGCUCUGCUGCGACAACUGUCCCGCCGUUUUUCAUCUCAGCUGCUUAACACCGCCCCUCGCUGCUGUACCAAAUACCUCGUGGCAUUGUCCUCUCUGUGCCACCGAACAGGAGGCGUAUGGCAAAAAGAAGAUUCCGAAAUUAACCGGCCAGGUGCGCAUUCCUUCACUAGGUUAUGACAGAGCCGGACGAGUGUACUGGCACAUUGAGGGCCGCUUGUUUGUGGAGCCGGUGGACUUUGCCCAACGGGAACCCGAAUUGCCGGGACUGUUCCCAGGCGUCCACGACGAAAACUGGGAGCGUCUAGAGGCGGAUAAACCUGGAGACCUGGAAGAUGGAAGCGACGAAGUUGGCUCAGAAGGCGCUUGCGACCCGACGGUUGCUUAUGCUAAUGAGCCUCACGUCUACUACUAUAGCUCCCUUGAUAAGAUACGGAUAGUUAGACAGCAGCUUUCCACUCAGUGGGAACCGGCGCUGUGUGCUCAACUUGACGCGUUGAUUCCGCAGGACGAGAGCGAGGUACAAGAGGUGAAGCCGUCUACGAAGCCUGAACCGACUGAAGGUCAUGGGAGGACACUUCUUGAUUUUACAAUGGUCUGCCUUUCAGAGGAAUCAAAGGCACCGAUGGUUACCGCAGCGGUCGAUGGCGUGAGUGCUAGUGAACCCGACAUGAAGAAGGAAGACGCCGAGGAGGUUGACACGAAGCCAACCACGUGGCCUCCACUGCUGCCCUUGCCGCCCGCCCUGACACCCUCCCAACUCACAUCUGUCUUCUCCAACUCGCAGUUGAGUGGCGACGAGGAGACCUCAAUGACGUCUCCCAUGAAGAGGGCGUAUGUCCUCGAGAUGUCCGGAGGCGUGCUUGUGCACAACCAAGAUGGAAUAUUCGAAAACUUUCCCCUUUCGCAAGAGGAGUAUGCCGCGCAGUUGUCAGAGUCAAGGCCGUCGGUUGUGGCCUCCCCACUUCCUCCCACUGAUGCUGCGGCCCCUCCUCCACUGCGUUGGCGUGGCUGGACCAAUACGCUUUCCCGCGGUCUCUUUGUGCCGAAUCCCUCGGAGGCGACGGCGGACGCGAGUGUGAACAUCGCCCUCAACCGUCUGCAGCAGCACGACGAGAAGGAGAGACGCCGUCUCCUAAGCAACAAAUUCUCUCUCACCGACUUGGCCAUGGAGGCGUGGCAGUGGCUUGAUUCAGAGGCUGCUGCAAACAUGCUGCUGCACGCGGUCUCAGCUUCCGAGGAUGGGAAGGAGACGGAGCACGAGGGAGAGGUCGCAGAUCCCAUUUCCCCCCUGAGGCGACGUGCUGACGCGGUUGGACCCGCUCGCUGGCUCCACACAGUAAAGCUCACUCUCUGCUAUGUGGAGGCUCAGCUCCCAGCUGCAGCCCUCUGUCCCGCAUGGCGACUCGUUCGCAAGGAUUGGAUUGCAGCUGUUCUCAAGGCCACCUCUGUCCAAGACCUCGCCGACCUUCUGGCUCGUCUUGAGGCUGCCAUCCGCCCUGUUGUCUUCCAGCGUAUUUGGACGUCCUCUAUUGGUACGUUAGCACCCCUCGUUCUUGUCGGUUGGGGGGUCAGUUACACUAAACCGAAUGGACUAAUGAUGCCCUCACCUUGUUCUACCGACCUUUUUUGUCCAGGGCCCCUCCAACUAGACCGAUUUACGUCGGCUCAACGCGAAGAGGAGAAGCGCAUUCGUGCUUUGGAGCGUUCAACAGCCGCCUUCAAUGGCCUGCCAGCCACGCUGGUGCGCACGAAAACCAUUCAGCCGAUUCGUCACACCGUCUGGAAGACGCGGGGUGAGGAGUAUCGACGUUUGGGCGGCGACGGGUGGCAGUGGCUCAGUGUCACGCGACGCCGACAACGCCCCACCGCAGCGCCACAACCCUCCAAGCCAUCGAGUGUCGAUCGGCCCCCGCAUCUGGGACUUGGUUGGGGCGUUCAACCGGAGCUUCUCAGUCGUACGGAUCUCCAUCCACGAGUUUCUCAAGAGCCCAUCUUGGACUACGGACUACAUCCCAUCACCGGUGUGCCCCUCUGCAGAAAUGCUCCACGUUGCGUCUACAAGGUCUCGUGUGAGGCACUGCAAGAGGAGGAGGCAGAAACCCUGGUUAAGAAGGACGAAGCGAUGGACGUCGUCGAUGAUGCUGGUGGAGACUCGACCAGUGACAAGCACGAGUCCCAGAGUGAAUCGGUUUCGGUGAUUGACAUCUCAAGGUGUCUCCGGGACGGUGGUGGGAGAUUUUUCCCCCCGCCAGCAAGGUCACCUCCACCUUCACCGAAGACGCGUCGAGGGCGAAGGCAUUUCCACUUGGACCUCCUACUGGCCGUCCGGGAGGCCGCCGCGUCACGCGACCUGGAAGCCAGUGAGGCGGCCCGCCGUGACCUCGACCAGCUUCGGGAGCAGCGCGACGCACUGGCGGCCAGAGUCUCGCAAAUUCGCUCGCGUCUCGCCCACUUGGCCACCGAGGCGCAGUCCGCGCGCAGCGAGCACGCCAAGGCGGUGAAGGCGCGUCAGGCGGCCAUCGCGGAGAUCAAGCGCCUCAGCCAACAGCCACGAUUCACUGGGUGUCCGCCUAGUUAUGGUGUCACGCGACCCUUCACUCCAAUCGGACAUGGUGGUGGUGGUGGCGGUGGCGGUAAAGGACGAAAAGGGGGUCACGGUACUGCUGGACGCCGACCUGCCACUUCAAGGCGGCUGCAGCGUGAGGAGUAUAAUUAUGACUCGGGGGAUAGUGCAAAUAGCGAUGACUCGGCUGCGUCGUCGUCUUCCCCUCCCGGUAGCAGCACUACAGGGUCGAAUGUCCUUCGCCGGAGCUCGCGACGUCAAAAAGCGAAAAGCGUUGAUCCAGAUUUCGUAGUGGACUUCGACGAGGACGACGAAGAGGACGAGGGAGGAGGGCGGAACAGGCUAGAAAACGAGGAUCUUGAGUUCCGCCGACGUGAUUCGGAUGACGAUGGUGACAGGGACGUGGAGUAUCGACCGUCGACUUCAUCCAACGUCCAGUCCUGGGUUCACGGAGGGGGGCAUUACCCCCGCGCCUCGGGAUUACCACAAUUCGACGGACCCAACGACGAUGAUGACUGUGGCACCGACGAAAACAGUGGUGACAGUGGGCUUCCACAUAGGGUUCUUAUUAAGUCCAUUCCAACCACGACACUCGUCACGUCUUCCUCCACCGGAGAGAGGCAGGAGCAGAAGCCGUCGGCCACUGUGGUUCCACCGUCCGGAAAGAGCCUCCUUGCUCAGGCCUUCGAAGGCAAAGCGCCCGCCGUGGUCCAGAUCAGACACACACAGGCGCUCAACGGUGAUACCUCAGAGGGCUCGCAGGCUCAGGCAGCUGGCGGCGGCGGCGGCGGUGGGGGUGUGACAGUGCUGCCAACUCCAGUCGCCACCACAACGCCGGGGGGUCAGCCGGUGCGCCUUGUGAGGGUCCUACGCGGCCCCCCGGGUACCCCCGCGGGCACCCAAAUCAUCCAGACCGUCGAUCCGAACAGCGGCGGCGUCGCCACGACUUCGUCUGGUAGGUUUGCAUUGCCUGACCGCUGGGACAAACCUCAUAAUUCCUGCCGCUACCGAUUCUGCGCUGCAGAAGUCACUCAUACAGGCGGCGGCGUUAUAGUGACCCAGGCGUCCACCUUGCCCGCGGGCUAUCGAUUGAUAACCCCCUCCAGCCUUCCCUUGAACACAACUGCGUCAACUUCGACGCACUCCACGGUUCGCAAUCCUCUUAAUUUCGUCCAGGUCGUGUCAACCUCGGCGCCCGUCCGUGCCAGAGCGGUGACGCCCCAGUUGACCCCCAAAACGCCGCUGCAGCCGCCCUCCCUGGUCUCCAUCGCCCCCUCUCCACUGGGAGCCAAUCGGGGCUCGGCCUUGAGACCGCUCCUUGCGCCUGCCAAUCGCCCUAUGCUAACUCCCCAACUGGCGCCGUCACUGCGACCACGGAUGAUGCGCGUUGUGCCCAUGGAGCUGGACCCCAGUCUCGACUUGGCCGUCUCCAACGCCGCCAAGAGACUGCACGAAGUCGACUUGGAAAUGUUCAAUCUUCGCAAAGAGCUGAAACAACUCGAGUUGCAGCUGGCAGAGGUGAGCGUGCAGGUGGAGGAGAAGGAGGAGUUGGUGAAGCGAUCGGGCUGCCACACCGCCUACGCCUACUCCCUAAACAUCAACAAGACGCACGACGCCCUGCUGUUGGAUCGAUUGGACCGGGCUGUGAAGGCGGCCGCCGCCACCAGCCGGCCACCCGGCCGACGCUUUCUCGUCCUCCCGAAGCACCUGCCUCCCAUCAACGCCUACUCCUGGCCUCCGGAUCCUCUAUUCUAUGCAAACACACUCUCAGACCACCCCAAGAGGGAAGAGGGCGGCAAGGCGCCCGACUCUGUCGUGGUCACACCGAGCCUCUUUCGUCUGAACCGCGCUAACCUCCGUGGGGUGAUUUUAGCCGCAGGCAGGAAGGACAUCCCCGGCUACGAGGCCGAGAAAAAACGCCUCGCGUCGAUUCCCUGGUCGUACCCAACUGCGCGUCCGUGUUUCGCCGAGGCCUGGCGCUUCCGCCUGCGUCAGAUCGUGAACGAGGGCGGCGCGGUGAGUCGGUCGACUUGUGGCGAGUUGAACGCGCCCUCGCACUACGGCGUGCUGCUGGCGUCUCUCGCCACGAACCUGCGCUUCCUGUGGCACUGCCUACGCUGGGACGACCUUGUGGUCUCGGCCGGUGUCUGCGAGGACGCCGCCCUCGACGCCUUCGAUCGAUACUGCCUCAAGCUCGUCAUCGCCGAAAGCCACGGUGGCGGCUUUACCUUGCGACGACUCACCGCCAUCCAACCACUCGACAAGUAUUGGCUGCGCGCGAACUUUCUCGUGCAAACGUCGGUGCACAAGCCAGCGACUCGCAAACGCGCCAACCGGGUGGCUUCUCGAUCGACCCUGGGUUCUGGCGAUGACCCGCCUCCGCGUCGCUGGGGCCGCGCGCGUCGCUUCGCCGACCCCGACUACGACCCCGCGGUCGACGAGGGCUGGCGUGUCGGUGUGCCCUGCUCCAACGCCAACAACUCCCGGCGCCGACGCAACCCCCGCUCCGACGAGGAAAACAACGACGAGGUGGAGGAGGAGCGUGUGUCGGAGGAGGCAGCUGCGGAUGACAACGCAUCCACGUCGAAACGAGACGCAAGGAAGGAGGAGUGGGUCAGCGAAGAUGCCCUCCAGUUGUGGGAAAUCCGAAACUUCUUUGACAAUCUGCUACCAAUCGAUGGAGAGUACCCGCCUCCGAUGCCGCCAUUGGCGCUUUCUGGGCUUCCAGAGGGUCUUGUGAGCGAUUUGUCGGUCCCCGUGAAAACCGACGAUUGCGAAGACAACACCGAUGGUCGGAUUCCACGGGGCAGUUGGAUCCAACCAGCCCGAUGUCCUUCGCCCGAACCUCCCAAAGCCCCGUCCCCGAAGCCGCCCCCUCCACCCUCCCCACCACCCCCCGCUCCCGUUGUCGUGGAUCCACCGAAGCCGCUGUUGAUUAGUUCCUCGGCAAGACCCCUCGCCCCCUCAAGCACUCCGAUGUCCGUGCCGCAGCCCGCCUUCCGGCCGCUCAUCGUCAAUUCCAGCAGACCCCAGGGUCUACAGACACCGGUGAUGCCUGGCCAUCAGUUUGCGUCCAAUCCGAUGUCCCAGGUCACGAACACGUCCAGCUACACACUGCCGCCUCCGCUGCCGCCGCCACCGCCGCCGCACCCUGCUCCGAAACGCACCUCAGCACCGCCCGCCCCGCUGUCGCCCAAAUCCGAGGCCGCUCGGGCGCGGGCCAGGAGUCUUGCUGCGUCGCACGCCGCGCGCAUUUCCGCGGCGAAUCGACGCUUUCGCACUGAGAAGGCCGCCCUCGAGACGCGCGCAACCGCCCUCGCCGAGGAGCUGGCCAAUCGGCGGAGGUUGACGGUGAAAGUGCUCGCUCUGCAGGUUCAAGAGGACAUUUUGCGGGCUCGUAAGGCGCAGCAGGGCGACAUCUCAGAGUCACCGACACCCGAACGCCUGUCCCCCCUUCCCUCCCCGAAACCCCUCGCAAAAGCCGCGGGUGGAGCACGCGGCAAGUCGCCUGUCGUGGGGAAACGCGGGUCCUCGCGCCAGUCGGCCAUCGCCAGACAGCAGCCGCUCCGUCGGUCACCGCCACCACCACCACCCAUGAAGCGGUCCCCGACAACCCCCGAAACCGAUCCCGCCACCGACUCCGACGAAGAGCGCUGCGCGAUGCACGCGGCGCCACCCAAGGCCACUCAGCUCGACCUGGAGCGCGCGGUGCGCGAGGAGAGGAUGAUGAAGAAUACAACUGGCGCCGUGGCUCCAACGCCUCGAGGUCGUCGCCCCGGACGCCCACGCGGAGGUGCCCCGCGUCAAGUCCACGCCAAGCCAGCCUCUCCACCGGCUCCAGUCGUGGCGAAGAAGGUCGGUGGAGGUCGUGGGAAGGCUCGAGGCAAAGGCCGAGGCGGCGCUAGCAAGGCCGCCCUUCCUAGACCCCGUCUCCCCAUUCGCACGCCGAAUUACCUGCUCAAGGAGGCAGAGGAGGAGGAGGAGGGGGCCUCGGUGCUGGCCAGCCAAUCAGACGUCGAGGACGAGACGAGUGACGGCAAAAGUGUGCCAGAGGGUGAAACCGACGAGGACAAGGUGUACUGUAUCUGCAAGCAGCCCUACGAUCCCAGCCAGGAGUACAUUGGUUGCGAUCUCUGCCAGGAUUGGUUCCACUUCACGUGUGUCGGACUCAAGCCAGGAUCGUCUCCUGCUCUUCUCGGCGACUCGUGGCACUGCCCCGACUGCCAGCGUGAUGAAAACAAGGCCAGCGAGGAGGUCUACUGCCUCUGUCGCACGCCCUACGACGCGGCUCGGGUCUACAUCGCCUGCGACCAAUGCGACGAGUGGUACCACGCGGAGUGCGUGGGCCUGAAACCGGAAGCCGCGGCCAACCACGAAGGCGAGUACAUCUGCCCUGCCUGUGUCAAGAAAGCUGGCGUCGGCACGUCAAAGUCCAAGGCAGACGAGAACGUGGAGACUAAGGCCGACAAAGGCGACGUGAAGCAGAAGACGCUCUAUGAGGCCUCGCUGACGGAGCCCGUGAAGAAGGCGGUGGACAAGCUGCUUGCCGAUUUGCAGGUCAGUUUCCGGUCCGGGCUGCACCCCUCGGUGCUCAGAAUUGCGCACAAGCUUUCGUGGCCCUUCAUGAAGCCCUUUCCCGUGUUGGCUCUGAGGAAGCUCACGUCUCCGCCCAAGGAGCCCACAGGUGAGCAGCGCCGGCGACGUUGCGCCCCGCGUUUGUUGUCGUUCCGCUGGAAUCUGAUUCGGUUCAUGGAGGCCUUCAAGCGUGGCGCGUAUCGAUCGCUGGGGGACGUGUCGUUGGCGGGCAACCGCCUCUUCUCCAACGCCCGCCUCGUCUACACCAACGACUCGCCCGAGUUCUACUGCACCGAGGUCCUCGAGGCG